CUUGAUCAUAACGUGGUCAGUUCAGCUUCUCUCCUGCCUUCUCCAUGCAGCAGGUGAUCAGUGUUUGGGUGCGGGACCCACGCAUACGAAAGAAUGACUUUUGGCAUGCCUACAUAGACUACGAAAUCUGUAUACAUACCGACAGCGUGUGCUUUACCAAGAAGAUCUCAAUUGUGAGAAGGAGGUUCAGUGAGUUUGUAUGGCUCAGGCAGAAGCUACAGGCAAAUUCACAGCUAAUGGUACAGCUACCAGAGCUGCCCCCAAAGAACCCCUUCUUCAGCCUGAACAACGGUCAACAGAUCACUGAGCGGAUGAAAGGGCUCCAGAGGUUUUUGGAACAGAUCCUCGAGAGCCCUCUGCUGUUGUCGGACAGCUGCCUGCAUCUUUUCCUGCAGUCGCAGCUCAGCGUGUCCAAGAUGAACGCCUGUGCUGCUGGACAGACCCACUACUCCGUGGCCCAGGCAGUCCAGCAAUGUGGCCUGAGGCGAUUCCACUCUGAAGAGGAUCUGGAGAAGGACCUCAGCAUGUCUUGUGACUCUGACUCGGACAGCUCAGAGUGUUUAGAUCCAGAGCUUCGGAUUAAGGAUUUGGCAAUAAACAAAGCAGAGAGUACGACUUCACUUGAUCUCAUGGGAACCAGCCAGGAGAAACCCCUCAGCUGCUCAUGUGGUUCUACAUGAGACCAUCAUCAUUAUCACAUCAUCAUAUCAUCGGCACAGAUGUCUGGAACAGUGAAGAAGAGAUUUACCUGUUACCCCAUCAUAAUGCCCUUUUGGCUAGGUAGUUGUUAAGUAUUUCACUUGUUUAAAACAAUCAUUGCUUAUUAUGUUCUCAUUGGGGCAUUUCAGUUUGAACCAUGUACAGUAAAUAGUAAUAAAAAUGUAACUAUUGUAUAUCCA